UGAUGCAAUCACGCCCGUCGCUGCGUCAAAGGGCGGCUCCCGGGAUGCGGGGACUGCAGUAGAGCUGGUCCCCACCGCCGCCCACCUCGCCCCUGCUGCCCGCCGCGGCUAACCCGGCAGGCAACCGCUGCCGCUAACCUUCGUCCAGAGUCAGGACCACCGCCCCCGAGCCACCAGCCACCCCGACAACAUCUCUCAGCCACCGGCGACCCUGACAACCGCCCCCAGGUACCGGCGGUCCCUGACAACCUCUCCGAGCCACCAGUAACCACCGACAACCGCCGUCAGCCCCCGCCCCCCCCUCCCCCCCCGGCGCGCGCCAUGAAGUCGGCGGUGAGCGCGCGCGGUGGGGUGUCUGGCGGCCGCGGAGGUGGCUGCUGGGGUGGGGGGCGAGGAGGCGGAGGAGGAGGCGGGGGCAAAGGAGGAGGCGGGGGCAAAGGACCGGGAGGCGAUGGCGGCGGCCAGGGGGGCAAGGGCGGCUUCGGAGCGCGGACGCGUGGCUUCGGAGGCGGCAGGGGCCGGGGGCGCGGUGGCGGAGACAGCAGGGAUCGCGGAGGCGGCGGGCAGCGGCGUGGCGUGGCCAAGAGCAAGAACCGCCGGAGGAAGGGCGUCACCACGGUAUCCGUGGAACCGCACCGGCACGAGGGGGUCUUUAUCUACCGCGGGGCGGAGGACGCUCUGGUCACACUGAACAUGGUGCCCGGCCAGUCGGUGUACGGCGAGCGGCGGGUCACGGUGACCGAGGGCGGCGUGAAACAGGAGUACCGCACGUGGAACCCCUUCCGCUCCAAGCUGGCCGCGGCCAUACUGGGCGGGGUCGACCAGAUUCACAUCAAGCCCAAGUCCAAAGUGCUCUACCUGGGUGCCGCCUCGGGGACCACCGUCUCCCACGUCUCCGACAUCAUCGGCCCUGAUGGCCUAGUCUACGCGGUCGAGUUCUCCCACCGCGCCGGCCGCGAUCUGGUCAACGUGGCCAAGAAGAGAACCAACAUCAUCCCAGUCCUCGAAGACGCCCGGCACCCCCUCAAGUACCGCAUGCUCAUCGGGAUGGUGGACGUGAUCUUUGCCGAUGUGGCCCAGCCAGACCAGUCCCGCAUCGUGGCUCUGAAUGCCCACACCUUCCUGCGCAACGGGGGCCACUUCCUCAUUUCCAUCAAGGCCAAUUGCAUCGACUCCACCGCCUCUGCUGAGGCGGUGUUUGCUUCUGAGGUGAGGAAGUUGCAGCAGGAGAAUCUGAAGCCUCAAGAGCAGCUGACCCUGGAGCCCUAUGAGAGGGACCACGCUGUGGUCGUCGGGGUCUAUCGGCCCCUUCCCAAGAGUGCCAACAAGUAGCAACCCAGCUCGGGCUGUCCCUGAGAUAAUGCCUAAGACUGUGCUGUGUUCAGUGUUACUAUAUGUGUGUUUUCUUUGUGCACCGCUUUUCUAUUAAAUGGCAUAAAGAAACAGUACCCAGGUGUAUCAGUGAGGCCAGACUCAGUUAUCCCCAAAUCUCCAAAUCCCCCAAACUCUAAAAAGCCAAGAUAAAAGGUGAUAGGGGUCCAUAAAGGAUCAGCCUGGGGACUGUGCUUACUCCAAUCACUCAGGGUCCUGACUCUUCGGGGCCCCUCUUCACUCGUCACAGGGGCAGGGGAAGAGAGCUGGGAAAAUAAUGAGCUUAUAAAAUCCCCUUUGGAACUGAGGGGACACUUCUUGCACGUUGACCAUGUCACGUGACCAAGCCUGACUCCAGGGAGUAGCAUUGGAUAUUGAUGGACAGUCGUAUAGUCUAACACACCCAAUCUGUCUGACUCCAAGCCAGAGUCCUAACCAUAAUAUGUAGUUAGUACUUUACUCUUCAAGGAAGCCCUUUUGCAUUCCCUAGUAUGUGUAGUCAGCACACCAGCCCCAAGCUGGCUUUGUUACCAUUACCCUCUUAUGGGGGAAGCCACAGAGCUUCUGAAGGUAAACUGGUUGCACAGCCAGGAGGGAGGUAGAACGUAACUGCCAGUCUUUGCGCCUCUAAAUUCACUGCCAUUUCCUGUACACUAAUGGGAUCUUACCUCUCCCCGACAUGGCCCACGCUAAACAGACCACAAGUCCUAACACAAGGACACACACACAGAGCAGGGCCCUCUGGCUUCUCUGUGUCCUUUCUCUGCCUCCCUGUG